GGGAAAAGGGUCGAGUGUUAAGAUAACAAGUGGCGGCAUUUAUGCAAUACAAAUAAUAAUGGCUUUCUCCUUCAUUGUUGGAGCGGCGAUCCGAUAAGCCCGCCUUUCUCUCACUCACGAGAAAACAAUAAUCAUCCUCUUCUCUUCUUCAUCAACUUUCCUUUCUUCCCACUCUUUCCUUUCAACCAUUAUACUUGCUUUAUAUGACACUACUUAUUAAAGUUUCCUUUUUAAAAAAAAUGUAUAUAUUUUUGAAAUAAAGAUACAUCAUAAUUACGGUUGCUUUGGUUACCAUAUUUUGCUUUUUCCGUAGAUAUAUAUUUAAUUUAAUCCUGUCCAUGGAUCUGAACUUGAUAAUACCCAGAUGUUUGUGUAGAAUUCGGAUCUGUAGAUCGCAAGCCAGCUGCAUUUGUGUGUUAUUUGACGUUCAAUAGUUGAAGGAUAUUUGUUCUUAUUCGAUAUUUCUUUUGGGAUCAUUCAUCAUGGACAAGAAGAAGUAUCCGAUUGGACCGGAGCAUUACACGCUUUUCGAGGAAGUAGGGCAAGGAGUUAGUGCUUCGGUUCAUCGUGCUUUAUGUAUUCCUAUCAACGAGGUUGUUGCCAUUAAAAUCCUCGACUUCGAACGCGAUAAUUCCGAUUUGAAUAACAUCUCGCGUGAAGCCCAAACAAUGGUCCUAGUUGAUCAUCCCAAUGUUCUUAAAUCACACUGCUCCUUUGUUAGUGAUCACAAUCUAUGGGUUAUCAUGCCUUAUAUGGCUGGAGGUUCCUGUCUCCACAUUCUGAAGGCUGCUCAUCCAGAUGGCUUUGAAGAGACUGUUAUUGCAACAGUAUUACGGGAAGUUUUAAAGGGUUUGGAAUAUCUUCAUCAUCAUGGAUUCAUCCAUCGUGAUGUUAAAGCUGGGAAUAUUCUCAUUGAUGCACGAGGUGGAAUAAAGUUGGGAGAUUUUGGUGUCUCUGCUUAUUUAUUUGAUUCAGGUGAUAGACAACGUAUGCGGAACACAUUUGUCGGAACUCCUUGUUGGAUGGCGCCGGAGGUCAUGGAGCAAUUGCAUGGUUAUGAUUUUAAAGCUGAUAUUUGGUCCUUUGGCAUAACUGCUUUGGAGCUUGCUCACGGCCAUGCUCCUUUCUCAAAAUAUCCUCCAAUGAAGGUCUUGCUAAUGACAUUACAAAAUGCACCCCCUGGCCUUGAUUACGAGAGGGAUAAGAAGUUUUCGAAGUCUUUUAAGCAAAUGAUUGCUAGUUGCUUGGUGAAAGAUCCUUCAAAACGACCUUCAGCCAAAAAAUUGCUGAAGCAUCCUUUCUUUAAGCAAGCAAGGUCCAACGAUUAUAUAGCUAGAACAUUGUUGGAGGGUUUGCCAGCACUUGGAGAUCGCAUGAAGGCCUUGAAGAGGAAAGAAGAAGACAUGCUAGCACAGAAGAAGAUACCAGAUGGGCAGAAAGAAGAAAUAUCACAGAAUGAAUAUAAACGGGGGAUUAGCAGCUGGAAUUUUAACCUUGAAGAUUUGAAGGCACAGGCUACCUUGAUUCCAGAUGAGGAGAUUAUUGGUGACAAGGACCAAGGUGGGAGUUCGAAUGCGCUGUCUGCGCUUGAUAUUCCAGGGAAACAGCUACACAAGUUUCAGCAUCAGUUCUCCUUCUCAAGUCAAUAUUCAGAUGCUACCGAAUUUGACAGUAACAAUCCAUCUGCCCCUCCUUCACCUGCCAACCAGAAUAUGGCUUAUAGCAUAAGUAAAUGUGAGAAAUCUGAUGAUGAUAUAAGCAUUGCCAGUUCAUUUCAUGAACCUCAAAUUUCACAAAAUUCUUCGCCAUGCUAUGACAAUCGCAUGGAAAUGAAUUUGGUGGGAAAAGGUGAACAAGUGGCUGAUGUGAAGUUACUCGAGGGAAUGCCUAUAAAUUCUCGCCAGAGUGAUAAAAGUCAGAUCCAAAAUGUAUCCAGUUGCAACGGGGCUUCUGUUCUUCAAACAGGAGAUGAUGUGCCAGCUGAAGUAGUCAGUAAACAUUGUAGAACCUCAGGCAACAGUGAAGAUUUUGAUGAGAAGACUAAGGGUCAUGUUGUUCAGCAAAAAGGACGUUUCAAAGUCACAUCAGAGAAUGUCGACUUGGAAAAGGUAGGUGCAUCUCCAAUGCUACAAAAGAGUCAGAGCAUGCUGGUGAUUCCACAAAGUCUUGCUGCUACUCUACCAUUACCUACUGAUGCUACAGCACCAAAUCUUCUUACACCAUCCCAUUUCCCAGCAUUGCAGAGUAUUUUAGAGGCAAAUAUUCUUCAAAGGGAGAGUAUUCUUAGACUAAUGAGGCAAGUGGCCCUUGGAGACACUGCAGUGGAUGCUGGAUGCAUGCUAUCAAAUUCGUCUGGUGCGGAGAAAUCACUGUUGGAGGUUGCUCAUGACAAAGAGAAGGAAUUAAUUAGCGAAAUUGCUGAAUUGCAGUGGAGGCUGAUACGUACUCAAGAAGAACUUCAAAAAUACAAAGCAGAAAACACUCAAAAUAACUCCUGAAAUAGGAGACUGCAUAGGGGAGAUCAUAAUCUUUAUAGUUCGAAUACAGUCAGAGUGCUCAAGUGGCAUACAUUGAAAUUAAAAAGGAAUAUUUAGACAAGGAGUAGCUGACACUGUAAAGGAGAAUUGAUUAGUAGCAGUUUUAAUUUUGAUUUGUACAUUAUGUCUAUAGUAGGCAGUGAGAUGCUGGUUUUAUUAUCUCUGUUUAUUCCUGCAUUUACUCGACUGCUUCUUGUAUAUGUUUGUACAAACUUUGGAAAAUUUCGUCCUUGUAAUACCAUCGUUCGUAUAUGAAUGAUUUCUUGCAGAA